AUCAUCCCAACUCCGAAGUGCUCCCCGCACCCUCGCAAUUCGCAAACUCUAAAAAAGUUUCACCAAAAUCAUUCUCUCUCUUGCCUCGCCGUUAUCUUGCUCUCAUGCCUCACAAUUGAGAACUGCUAAGAUGAAAAGCUCAAUGAAAAUCAUGAAAAGGGCAUAUUAUAUCAGACAUGGAGAGCUAAAAUAGCAGAUGCGGAUAGACUACACGAGAGGAAAAAUUUGGCAGCUUUACAAUCAUAUUUGACAAAGAGUUGGUAACAAAUCAAAUUAAGGUAAUGCCCAAAGGGCUCCAAGGGAUUGAACUCAAUAUCACACAUGUGUGGAUGGUAAGGUGGAACAUAUUUAGUCACAUCCAAUUUCUAGUGGUUUUCAAGGGAUUUCAUUUCUAGGUGUACAACUUCUAUUUGGUCUUGGAAUUCUCCUUCAGCUGAAUGAUUACAGCCUUGAGGCUUGGGAACUUAACGAAGGAAUGGCUUAUUGGGUUUGGAUUUAUAACCAUCAGUGGUCUCGCUCUUAGCAGAUACAACGCACAUUUGGGAUGGCCAUAUUAUGCAUGCUUGACUGCUGCAUCUGGGCAGAUAGCAUGGCAGAUUUAUGCAACUGGCUUGUCAAAUCGUGCUGAUUGCAAUAGAAAGUUUGUUUCAAAUAAAUGGUUUGGUGCUCUCAUCUUUAGCGGUAUCCUGUUUGGAAGACUGUCCUCAUAGCUGUUAUUGUAGAGGUAAACUAACUUUUAAUUUAUAUUGUUAGAUUUGUAUUAGAAGAAUGCAUAACUGUGUAUUAUGGACAUAAGCUAAUGUUGUCUGGCAAUGAGCAAUACCAAAGGAGAAAAGGACAUAUCCAAGCUGGCUAGAGUUACAAAGGGUUAAACAAGGGUUUUGGAUCAUAGGUUUUGUGUUAAAGAUGAAUGACCGUGUGAUUCAAGUCUCGAGUAUCCUGGCUGCAUAUGGCUCCAUAACACAGAGAAGUUCUGGUAUACAGAUUAUUCAAGUAGGUCUAAAUCCGCAAAUAAUGAGAAAUUGCAUCAAUUCUUGAAAACGAGAGAAGCUUUAAUUACUUUAAAUUUCUCGUUGCUUCUAAUGUAAACAAUUUCAGAUGAAGUAUGCCUUGAUAGUAUACAGUAUUAUAAUGAUAUUGUAACUAUUUUUUGUUGUUACUAUUUCAAUUUUGAAAAAAGUCCUUGUAAGACUCAAUCAAGUCUUUUUUUGUACACUAUAUCAUUAAUAAUGAAUAGAAUUCAACAUUUAGACCCUCUUUGGUUAUUA